AUGCGUUUCGUCGGGCCCCUCUCUGUCAGAACUGCAUCUGAGAGUAUCUCUGCUAGCGACUGGCUCACACUUAUCACUCUCUGUUUUGCACCCCUAGUCGUCCAUAUCAUAUCCGGAAUUCCCCAUCCAGUCUACUUCCAAAAAUCUCUCCCAUCAUGGCACGAUAAACUAGGCUUCUACAACCCAACAACGAUCAUCUGGCGGUAUUACGCACUCCCAGACCGUCGAAUCCGCUGCAAGAAUUGGAACUCGUUUCACAUGGCCGCAAGCAAUGUAAGAUUCUGGACAGAAAAAGGAUGGGACGGGUCGGAAGAGAUGAUGGAACGAAGUCAGAGACUGUGUGUAAGGGUUGCUGAGACACCUCGCAUGACUCUCAUGUCGAGAAGCUGUGCGGAGACUCUUGUCGUCAUGCUCCAAGGCGUUCAAUCGCUUGUCGAAUUGAAUUCUGGGUUUAGUGGCGGAUGGAUGCCUUCGCUCGCAACCCUCUUUUAUCCUCUGGCAGUCCUGGGGCUUUUGAGACUCCCGGCUGCAUAUUGGAUAUCCGACGAAGGCUAUUUCGCAGAGUACGAGACGCAGAUUGGAGAGUCGAUAUUGGAGAAUGCAGGAGGCUACGAGCUUCAUAAGCUUUGUUCUACGCCGUGGCCCUUCCGUGCUACGAAUAAAUAUCCAACAUACUCCUCCUUUCCGAAGAGGAACUGGAGAGGUUGGCUUAUUCAGGCAAUCUUUCUCUCGCUACUAUCCUUCUCUUCGGCAUUGAGUAUCUGGGCCGUAUCUCCGUGGUUCUUGAGCGAUGGUAUCGGAUCGGAUGUGAUUCUGACAACAACAACCUAUGUCGAAGCCUGCUUCUAUACGUUCACGACGACAACAAUGACAGUUAUUGUGGGCUUUUACUCCUUCCAGAAGAAGAGCAGUACGGUAAUACUACCCUGUGUACAAUCGCUAUGGUACAAGAUUUACACGGUCGUACUAUUUCUGUUCGCGGUGGUUUAUAUAAUCAUUGCUUCCCUCGAGACACGAAAAUCACCAUGCGGAAAGUUCUCAACAUUGGAGGAUGGUGGUUGUCCCUCGGGACCAGGAACAGGGGCCUGGUAUCUCCACUCCGAAGUUCAACUCGACUCAGAAUUCAAGCGGAUACACUUCAAUUCUUCACUGGCUUCUGGGGCCGAGCUCACCUUUGACGGCGUCUAUUUCGGCAGAUCAAACGCGACUAAUACAUCGGUUGAUUUAUAUCCUUGGGAUGGCUGGUGCCAAGGGUCUUUCAGAGAUGUGAAAGCUAAGCUCUCAUUGGGACCGCAUCGACAGUGGAAUCGUUCCUCGGACUGGUUUGAGAAUCUCACCGGUGAUCCUGGAUUCAAUGUUACUACCGUACCCAUCUCUUAA